AUGUCGGAGCUGAAGCGCAAGAGAGAAGAGCAUGACCCUGAAGAAGAGCCGGAUGUGACAGAUGCGAUACCUGCUGCUUCGCCAAGGGCAGCGCCGGUUCCUCCAACGGCGGUAGCGGUCCAGCCAGCCACAGCAGCAGCAGCCGCACCACGAGAAUCAACGGCGUCGGAGGGCAGCAAAAGUGAGGCGGCAGGACCAACUGCUGACACAGCAGUAGCACCAGGUGGCACUGACCCGCCUGCGAUUUCCGCAGAGAAAGACGCGGCAGGAGCGACGUCGUCGGGCACACGGCGAGGAAAGUCGAAACCACCAACAACGGCAGGGAAAAUCACGAUUUGCGGCAAGGAGAUCACCCUCCAACACACGGGAGGCCGCAAGAAACGAAAGCACCCGAUGGAAACGCUGAUUCUCCUGGCCUACAAAGACGAGCUGACGCUCAAGUGCAAGGCAAACAACAUGGUCUCCGCGCUGGAGAUCCACCAAGAGAUGAAGAGCAAGGGCAUCAAGCAGGACCUCUCGACCCACAUGAUGGUGCUUUCGCUCUGCGGGGGAUCACCGGGUGACAGAGACGAGCUGGACCCAGGCAACGGCCUGACAGGCGGCCACGCUGCCAGCGUCGAGAGAACGGCUGCCGCCGUAGCCAAGGGGAGGGUCGAGGGCGCUUCCGCUCAAGACAACACCUUCGCUGCCGCCGAGGCGGCGCUACAGAUAUUUUCGGACGCGUCGAAGGGCGGCACGGUAUCCUUGCCGGAGUCGGCGUACACGGCCGUGAUUCGCGCGUGCUGCCGGGAUGGCCGAGCAGACAGGGCCAGAGAAGCUCUCGAGGCCCUCAAGCAGGCGGACUUGAAGCCACGCGUCAGGACGUACACGCCGUUGUUGGAGGCGUACUCGAAGCUCGACGGCCGGCUGGAGGACUGCAUGACCCUCUGGCGGGAAGCGGUGUCGCCCCCUGCAGGGCUUCAGCAGGGGAUCACGAUGACAGAGAGGGAGUACUUGCACCUCAUCGCCGCGUGCACCAGGGCUCGAGAUGAAAAGUGCUUUUUGGAGGUGAUGACGGAGUACAUGGACGACGUGCUCCAGCCGCGCAGCCGGCACAGCUGGGACGUGCUGAAGGCGUGGUUCAAAGCAGACGGUGGCGGUGGCGAUGACGCCACGGGAGCUGCUACAACUUCUCCCCGUGCAGCGGGUGCCGAUGCGGUGGGACGUUCUUCCCAAGCAGAUGGUGGUGGUGGUGAUGAUGAUGUCAUGGAAGGCGCUCCUCAGGCAGAUGGUGAUGAGGCCGUGGGAGAUCCUCCUCCAGUAGCUGGUAAAGAUGCCGUCGAAGAAGCGAGUCCCCAGGCAGAUGCCGCUGGAGGCGAGAAGAAGCCGCCAAGCGGCGGCGCCGGUAGUUGGAUCGUGAGGGAGUGUUACGUCCGCAAGGACGGGACGUGCGAAAACUGCGGGGAGGUGAUGAGGUCGAUCGAGCUCUCGGAGGACGACGAGCAGCGCUUGCUGAAGCAGGUGGGUUCGCGCCGCUUUUUUCAUCGGAGUUUUUGUGUUUUUCCGCCCAAACGCACACGCGAGGGAAAUAUGCAGUCUAGAGCUGUUGGCGGAAGGGGGCGUCCUAGAGAGUGUUUGUGAUGAGUCUGCUUAUGUUUUGCGGAGCCGUGGCUUAGAUUUGUAGUGUAUUUUGUGAGAGUUGAGAAGAAAUGGUCGCAACGUGGAGAUAGGCAUCCAAAUACUUGCGUUUGCGUGAUGCCACAUAGCAGCUUGUGGGUUGUUUUUGUGGAGCGCGCAUCCUUUCCUUCUCCCGGCACUACACCCCAGUGACUGCAUCGAUAUUAGCUCUAUCGGACGGGUCCUCAAAUAGCCCGGAUUGACGAGAACGAAUCGUGAGGAGGGGUACAAACGUCGGAGUAGGAAAUGUUUUGCAGCACCUUGCGCAGGUGGUGUGGAGUUGAUGACGUCAGCAGAUUGACGGCCGUAGGCUCCUCUAAAUUGCGCCAUGUUUCUUUUUUCCUCGCGAUGA